GCGCGGUGACGUCAGACGCCGCGGCCGAGGCGGGAGUUUCCAGUCGGGAGCCCCGGGGCUCGGGUAGUCAGCAUGGCCGAAGAGGAGGCAGGGGAACCGGCGAUGGUGGGUGGAGGGGACCCCCAGGAGGAGGAGGAGGAGGAGAUGAUCCUGACCCCGGCUGAGCUCAUUGGGAAACUGGAGGAGGCGUGGCUGAACGAGAAAUUUUCCCCUGACCUUCUCGAACACAAAGCCGAGAUUGUGGAGUGUGUAAUGGAACAGCUGGAUCACAUGGAACAGAACCUGCAGCGAGCAAGGAAGGGCGAUCUGAAAGUCACCAUCCACCGAAUGGAGACCGAGAGGAUUCGCUACGUCCUGAGCAGUUACCUGCGGUCACGCCUGCAGAAGAUCGAGAAGUUUUUCCCUCACAUCCUGGAGAAGGAGAAAUCCCGUCUUGAGGCAGAGCCUGGCUAUUUGUCCCCACAAGAAUACACCUUUGCCAAAGAGUACGCGGCCAACUGCGAGACCUACCUGAAGGGCUUGGCCCUGAAACACAUGCCUCCCAACCUGCAGGCGUUGGACAUCUCCAAAGCCGUUCCCAGGCCCAACCUGGAUUCCUUUGUCUUUCUGCGGGUCAAGGAGAGGCAGGAAAACAUCCUGGUGGAACCGGAGACUGAGGACCAGAGGGAGUACACUGUUGAUCUAGAGGAAGGCACCCAACACUUAAUGAGAUACAAGACCAUCGCUCCCCUUGUGGCCAGUGGAGCAGUCCAGCUCAUCUAACCAGAGCUGAGGAAAGAAUCUGUCAUCUGUGUGCACGUCCAGGAUUUGUGAACCCCCAUGUGGUCCCAAAACUCACGUGUCCUGUUAGUGAGUGCGUCGGGUUUAUUACAGCAGAAGCUAAUAAAAGUUAAUUGUCACUUU